AUGGAUCUGGAUCAUGAACGCACCUCCUUUCUGCUCUAUCAGAUGUUGUGCGGAGUGAAACACCUGCACAUGUCCGGCAUCAUCCAUCGUGACCUGAAGCCCAGUAACAUCGCCGUACGAAAUGACUGCACCCUCAAAAUACUUGAUUUCGGUCUUGCUCGGACCGCCAAUGAAAACUUUAUGAUGACACCCUAUGUGGUGACACGGUGA